CCGAGCGUGUAGUGUGCGCAUGUGCGUAGUGUGACAGCAGCCCUCGUAACUCGCUCAUUUUUAAACAUGGCCGCCAUCAGGAGUAGGGUGACUCCGAGUUGCCUAACAAUCUGUUUUCUGAGACAGACUGGAAAAGCGAGAAGCGACAGUCACCAUUUCUCAGACCUUUUGAAUCCCCGGUUGCUCCAGAGGUCCCAUCUUCACACAGCAUCUGUGUAUCGCAGUCAUGCCACAAGGACUCUGCUGGGCCGCAGACAGCACGGGAAAUUCCUCUUGGCGAGCACUGUGGCGGUCAGACAUAACAGCUCGCAGAUCCCACCUGAGGAUGGAGGCAUGGCAGCUCUGCCUGCUGACCCAACCCAUAUCAUUUCACAGCCAAUCACAGAACAGAUCCCAGUGGAAACCAUAACAGCAGCAGUAGUGGAUGUCUCCCCCCUUCCACCAAUCCUGGUUUCUGCAGACCAUGCCCCUGUUUUAACGCAGCCAAUCAUCGAGCAGGUGACUGACACUGCACCAACUGCAAUGGAGGUCCUGCAGGUUGCGGGCGCAGAGACGAGUUUGGCAGAACUGGGACUGGGAGCCAGCACCCCAGUCGGGCUGAUCCAGAACUUGUUAGAGUUCAUGCAUGUAGAUCUUGGUUUGCCCUGGUGGGGGGCCAUUGUCAUUGGAACAGUGAUUGCUCGUUUGGCUGUGUUUCCAGUCAUAGUGAAGGGUCAGAGGGAGGCGGCCAAGCUCAACAACGUCCUGCCUGAGAUGACCAAACUCACUAACAGGAUGAAUGAGGCCAAACAGAGCGGAAACAAAUUUGAUUUUGCCAAAGCGUAUUCCGACCUGAACUUGUUCCAGAAGAAGCAUGAUGUAAAUCCUCUCCGUGGCUUCCUCGUGCCUAUGGUGCAGGCCCCCGUCUUCGUCUCUUUCUUCAUCGCGCUGAGGAAGAUGGCCUACCUCCCGGUGCCCAGCCUGCAGACAGGAGGCAUGCUCUGGUUUCUAGACCUGACAGCUGCAGAUCCUUUCUACAUCCUACCUCUGGCCGUCACUGGAACCAUGUUCUUCAUCCUGGAGUUGGGUGCAGAGUCUGGAAUCGAUAACCCCAACCUGCGAGCGAUGAAGACCGUGUUCAGGAUCAUGCCCUUCGUCAUCCUCCCUCUCACUAUCAACUUUCCCACGGCAGUCUUCACCUACUGGCUGACCUCCAACCUGUUCUCCCUGGGGCAAGUGGCCCUGCUCAGACAUCCGCUCAUCAGAGUUAAGUUGAACAUCCCAGAGAGGAUCAAACACCCAUCCUCGGCCAUGCCCCAAAACGAAGGCUUCAUCGAGAGCAUCAAGAAGGGUUGGAAAAACGCUCAGCUGGCCCAGCAGCUGGAAGAACGGGAAAGAAGAAUCAAAAAUCAUUUAGACCUCGCUGCCAAAGGUCCACUCAGGCAGACUUUUACCCACAAUCCCCUUCAGCAGAGUGACGCAUCAUCCAAAAACAAGCCAGCUGUUGGCAAAGCAAGGCCCUGGAAGGACACGAUUGGAUAAACCAGGCCGACUGACAGCUUGACAGAGAAAAUAUCUAUGUAAAUAUUUAUUAAUGAAAGAGAGACCGUGGUGGGAGAGGGUUGUCAUCAUGUAUUAUUCUGAUUAAAAUGAGAGAAUGCCCCGAAACAAACA